GUCGCUUGCUUCAUCCGAACAUGCAAGAAAAAUGGGAGAGCUACAACACCAUCAACAACAGGCAGCAGCAGCAGCAGCACCGUCGAGAGCGGCGAUGAGAGGCGUCGGCGGCGGCGAGAUUGUGGAGGUGCAAGGCGGCCACAUUGUCCGCUCCACCGGACGGAAGGACCGCCACAGCAAAGUCUGCACCGCCAAAGGCCCCAGAGACCGCCGCGUGCGGCUGGCGGCGCACACCGCCAUCCAAUUCUACGACGUCCAGGACCGCCUGGGCUACGACCGCCCCAGCAAGGCGGUCGACUGGCUCAUCAAGAAAGCCAAGGCGGCCAUCGACCAGCUCGCGGAGCUCCCGCCAUGGAACCCCACUGCCACCUCAAUGCAACCACGACAGCUGCCACAAGAAAUCGUCCACUGCGAGAACAAAUCUCUCGCGAUGGACGAUUCAAUGACCGCUGCCUUCAGUAGCCGCGGCGAAAGCAACGCUUUCGCCUCCCACCAACAAGUGGAGGAUAAUGAAAAUGCUAACAACAUUAGCAGCAGCAGCGGCAACAAAUACAAUACCGGUUCUGGGUUUCUGCCCGCGUCUUUGGACACUGACAACAUUGCGGAGACAAUCAAGACUUUCUUUCCUGUGGAAGCGACUACGACGUCGUUUCAGAGUUACCCGCCGGCGCCACCGGAUUUAGGGCACCAAGAUCUGCGGCUCUCGUUGCAGUCCUUUCAGGACCCUAUUAUGCUUCACCACCAGCCUCAUAGCCACCACCAACCGGUUCUCUUUGCCGGAACCGCCGCCGCGGCGCUCGACUUCGACGGCGGUUCCGGCUGGUCAGAGCACCUGCACCAGCACCAGCAACAGAACCACCACUCGGAGGAACAGCGAUUGCUCUAUGCUGGUGGUAACAGUGGCCACGGCGGUGGGUUUGUGUUCAACACGCCGGCGCCGGUGCAGGUGCCGGCGUUUGGCCAGUUUUUUUCUCAGAGGGGACCCCUUCAGUCCAGUAACACCCCUUCGAUUCGUGCUUGGAUAGACCCUUCGGUCGAUCACCACCACCACCACCAUCACUACCUAUCACAGUUGAUCCACCAAGGAUCCGUCGCCGGUGGCGGCGGAUUCUCCGGCUUCCGCAUUCCUGCACGAAUUCAGGGUGAAGAGGAACACGACGGCGUGUCCGACAAGCCGUCCUCUGCUUCCUCUGAUUCUCGCCAUUGAUUUGAAAAACACACAUCAAAAACCCCAACUUUGUUCUCCCUCAGGGUUUGUGGGGUUGCGUUGAAGAUGGUUCAAUUGAUGGAGAGAACAUGAUUUUGGAAGAUCAUGAUGAAUGGAUUUUCAAGCUACAACGGGAAUUCAAGAAAAUCUGAGGUGGAUAUUCAGGUUUUCCAAUCCCUCGGUUUGUUAUGCUUUUUAUGUUCAACUUAUGUUUUUCAUGCUUAAUUUAACUAGGACUAGGAGUAUUGUGUUUCUUUUGUUUCUUCUGUAUUGGAGUGCUAUGUUUCUUUUGUUUCUUCUGUAUUGGAGUGCUAUGUUUCCCUUUGUUAAGUGAUUGUGUCUUCUUUGUACUUCUUCAGUUUCGAGUUUCUUGUAGUGAUCUGAAAAACAUGCAAAUUCAAUAAAAGAGCUAGUUUGCUCUAGUUAUUGUAUAUUUC